AUGACUGGAGUUCGAUGGAUAGCGACGAUGGCAGUAAAUUCGCUGGUACUGCUGGCCACCGGAGGUACUGCCGUAGCGAUGACCGCCUGUAUCGCCAUCGUCCCUCUGUUUUUCAUGACAGUUACGCGACUUCGACAGGAUCUGCUUAUGGACACGAAAGACAUCAGGGAAAUCGCUCAGGACGUUUCGAACGACAUCGGCGACCUUCGCCUAAAAUUCUACCAAUCCUUGUAUGUUUCCUCAGCGGACAAGGAACAACUGAGUCGAGGAAAGAGAAACUCUUUCGGCUACGGUAACUCCGGAUCCUCGUCGGGAAGCCACAACGAUUUCUUUGGCAUCGGGUCGUCAUCACAAGUGAAUCCGGCGUGCAACUGCAAAAUGGAGAACUAUUGUCCAAGAGGUGCUCCGGGUAUUCGAGGGACAGAUGGAAUUGACGGCACUCCCGGCACUCCUGGAGAACCCGGCAAGCCCGGACUAAACGGCGACGAAACGGUGAGGCUCAAUCAUGAAGGUUGUUUAAUCUGCCCUGUGGGCAAGCCCGGACCACCAGGUCCUGUUGGACCGCCUGGAGAAACUGGAGCGAAGGGCGAUCGUGGAACCAGGGGAAAAGAUUAUUUUGGACUACCUCGCCCAGGACUACCUGGAAAGCCAGGACAACCAGGAAUACCAGGUAGGCCAGGCAGGGAUGGUCUUCGUGGUCGCCCUGGAAGCGACAAAAUAGUCAGAAUUGGGCGGCGAGGUGAGAAAGGUCCGCAAGGAUAUAUCGGUCACCAAGGACCAAAAGGAAUACCAGGGGAGCCUGGUAUCAUAGGUCCAGCUGGACCUUCAGGAAAGCAGGGUCAAAUGGGUCCCCCUGGCCCACCUGGUGAACCCGGUGACCCUGGACCGCCAGGAAUCGAAGGUAAACCAGGUCCUGAUUCUCUCUACUGCCCCUGUCCUGCAAGAACAUACAAAGCAAGAGCAUAA